GAAACAUCCUCGGACACAGAGGAAGAUGACUUAAAUACAGACGCAUUGGAAAUCUCUCCGUUCCUUCCUGCAACAUUUCAGAUGUGACUUCCUUUCAUUCGUCUGACAGAAAUAAGGAAGACGUUCACAAAAAGGGGAACAGGGAAACUUUCAAAAUCUCAGAACACUUCCUGGUGAUUUUACUUCCCUUUAAUUAACCACCGAACAACAACAUAAAUUUUAACUUCUUUCCACCUCUGUGAUUGAUUUAAACUUCUGAAAUGCUGCCGGAGCAGAGUGAAAACAUGAAAAUGUCAAACUGGACGACCCCGGCCCAUGGGGGUGGUGGGGGUGGAGGUAGAGGCGGGGGCUGCCCACCUGUCGGUAUCCAACUGGAGGGUUUGAUUCUGCCCCCAAUCCUCACCAUCGACGUCAUACUGGGGAUGCUGGGAAACGUAGUCGCCCUGUGGAUCUUCUGCUUCAAACUAAAGUCGUGGAACCCAAACACCCUGUUCCUCUUUAACCUGGUCAUCGCAGACUUCCUGGCUCUGCUGAGUCUGCCACUGAGGAUCGACGCCUUGCUAAAGCGCCACUGGGUGUUCGGGGACGGCAUGUGCCGGAUCAACCUCUUCCUGAUGUUUUCAAACCGCUCGGCCAGCAUCGCGCUCAUGACCGUGGUAGCGAUUUACCGCUACUUUAAGGUGGUCCAUCCUCACCACCGCUUCAACCGCAUGACCAAGCGUCAGGCUGGGUUUGUGUCCCUGUUUGUGUGGCUGCUGGUCAUCAGUCCUCGGGUUCCCAUGCUGGCUUACAACCACAUCAAGUUCGCCGACAACACCACGCAGUGCUUCUUCUUCACCUCAUACAAAGAGGCUUCACGGGCCAUCACCAUCCUAGUCGCCAUGCACCGGAUCCUGACGGUGCUGGAGUUCAUCGUCCCGCUUGCCAUGCUGAUCUUCUGCUCUGUCAGUAUCUCCAGAUUUCUUCGUGCGCGACAGAUUGGAAAACCGGACAAGGUGCGGAAGGCGAUGAGAGUGUGCACCAUCAUCGUGGCGGUGUUCGUGGUGUGUUUCUUACCAACAACAGUGACCACCAUCGGGAUGUGGGUAAUUCGCUCGUCCCGCCCGUGGGACUGUGCCUCCUUCUACACCUUCACCCAGCUCAACAUCGUGUCCCUGGGUCUCAACUUCCUCAACUCAGCCCUGGACCCCAUCGUCUACGUCUUCUCCAGCUCCAUGUUCAGGAAGGCCCUCAUCAGCUCGCUGCCCCGCGCACUGCGCUGCACAGCCAACGACGGAGAUGGGAAGAUCACUACUUCCUCAACAGAAAGUCAGGUGACCACGCAGCAGGAACUGAAAUCCAUGUGAUCCGACAGAGGGAGCGAAGCCUCGUAAAAAACUGUUCAUGAAAGAUUGUUCCUGUUGAACUUUUGUUGUAUUUUCAUCGAGUUUAAAGUUUUUGUUUAAACUGUUUAAGAAAGAGUACUUAAGCUUCCCUUAAGAUGAAAGAAUCUAACGAUAUAGAAAUAUUGGUUACUUGGAAUCCUCAUUUUACUGUUUGCACAGCCGUCCUGUCCAUGUAAACACGGUUCUGACAACAACACAGCCAGCGGGACUCGAGCUUCUCCCUCAUUGUAGACAG